CUCCGCGCCCCGCCCUCACAACAACAAACCAUCGCAACCACCACAUUCAGCAUGGCAGCCAGCCGCGGCAAGGAAAAUGACGUCGCAAGCAUCGCCGAAGGUCUUUUCAAGGCCCCAUCCCCCAAAAAGCCGUCGCGCAAAACCCGCAGCAAAUCAAUUGGUCCUGGUGGGCUCGGAGAGCCUGCGCUCAAGGAAAGCAGUCACACCGGAAACAGACGCAAGUCUGCUUUUGUCCCCGCGGUCAAGUCUAUUCUGAGCGCAUCAGCAGACGACGAAGAACGAAAGCGGCGCGAAGCCCGUCGAAAGUCGCUCGCAAAGCGACGCGUCAGCUUUGCACCCGAAGCCACAUUACAUACAUGGGACGUUGUCGAGUACCUAAGAGAUGCGACCUCCUCUUCCGCCGCGUCCGAAGCUACAAGACGCGCAUCGAGCGUUUCACAGGAUCCCGCCUCUGGAGAAGAUGGCGAAGAGCCGCCUUCUACUCCGCCAGAGCGCAUUGAAGAACCGGAACCAGAGCCUGGAUCCUCCCCAGCCAAUCAGCGCGACUUGCACCAGAAGAAAAAUCGCCGCCGGAGUUCCGGGAUUCCGCCCAUGAACUUCAACAAUCCAGAUGAUGUCUACUCCUCGAGUCCUCUAAGUGGCGACAAUGCCUCUCCAGGUGGCUUGCCGGCCUCGGAAGAUGAAUCAGAUGACGAGGAAAACAUUACUGCGAACCUCAAUGAAUCGCCUCUUGUGGAGAAUGACGACUCUCAAAGCAGUGCCAAGCUAGAUGCCGCUUUGCGCCAGGCCUCGAUGCUAGCCGGGACCCAGAGGUUGGAUCUCGAUGAUGAGGACGUAUCGAUGGAAAUAGCGGAAGAGGAAAUCACAGCCUCGUUCAAACCUUGGGCGCAAAAGACCCAGGUCGCACGCACACCCGAGCAAGAGAGUGAAGAUCCCUUUUCUCGGUCCCCGGCAGGGUCACAGGACGCCGAGUCGGACGGUGAAGACAUGAGCAUGGAUAUCACGAAAGCUGUUGGCAAGAUUGUCGCUUAUCCAGAAUUGAAAAGCCCAGAGUCUGAUGAUAUGAGCAUGGAGUUGACAAUGCCAUUGGGGAGCAUCAAGGCACUUGCCUCUCAAGAGCCGGUAAACCGUAGAAAGAGCCUAAAACGCAGGGUAUCACAACUUGAUACGUCGCAAGGUAGCCCGGCAAAACGCGUGUCGAGCCGUAGGACGAGUCUUCGACACCAGGAGUCACAGAACACCAGUCCAACUUCGGACGAUCAAACAAUGGAUUUUACUCUGGCAAUCGGGGCUAUCAAAGGCCAGGCUCUACCUAUCCAAGAGGUCGAGAGUCAGCAACGAAAUAGUGCAGACCUUCCCCCUGAAAAUGACACAAUGGACUUUACGCUUGCGGUAGGGAGCAUCAAAACGGCUCAAAAUGUGCCUGCUAUCCAAAUUCCACCUCCUAGUGAACCAGAAGACGAAAACGAAGAUCUGUCUAUGGAGUUCACCAAGAUCGUUGGUCCAGGGAUCAAACAACUGACAACGCAAACGCAAACACCAGAGAAGAGUGCGGUAGCAAACGACGCUAUGUCGCCAAAGAUCAUCACACCCACACCACAGAGAUCACCAAGAAAAUCACCAGGACGCACCAUGGCGUCGGGCGCUAGUACGACACCUCUCAUAUCACCGAGAAAGGUCUCCUCUCAAACUCCCACAAAAUCCCCCGGGCUAUUGCGCCGGAGCCUUAACCUUGCGACUCCGGAUAUUGUCCGAAAUCCUAUACAGACUGAAGAAUUUGAGCCUUCACCUUUCGUCCGGGGUACUCCACUAAGCAUAUCUAAACCCGUGGAAGAUGUAUCUACACCACAAAGUCAAUCAAGAAAUGCGCCACUUCACAUUCCGGCUGACCCCAUCACUGCACCUAUUCUGAACCGGCGUCGUUCGUCUAUAUCCUCAAUGCAAUUCAGUCCCCUGGCGGUUACCCGAGAGGAGCCAGCUUUGAAAAAUACUGCGCUAUUAUCAAACAAUAUCAAAUUGCUGUCAACGCCCAGAAAGCAAAUGCUCAUGUCUCCUGUGAAGCGUGGCAUGACUCCGAAGAAAUCAGAGACGCCGCAAAAGGAACCCACGCCAAAGCAAAAAACACCAACCCAGAAGAAGCCUACCCCAAGAAAGAGCCUGAGCCCCAAAAAGCGGGUUGUAUUUGGAGCAGAGCCUGAACAAGAAGUCGAAGCAGCUGAGUCCGUUGCUGAGAAUGAUGUAUCGGAAGUCGAGCGUAUCUCAUUGCAAGAUUUCCUGGAUAUGACUAGGAUUCGAUUUAUGGAUUUAAGCACCACCAAACGUCGACAUACCGCUGCCCCGGCUGCGUUCCGUGACACUGAGGUUGAAGAGAAGGAAGAAUCACUGGACCGAUACGUAGCUGCCGGAGCCUGCACAGUCCCGGAGUUUGAACUUUAUCAACAUGCAUGUCACGAGAUGAAGAAGUACAUAUCCGACGGGCGCCAUUUUGUUCGCACAAUGGAAGUCAAUGUCAUGGAGGACAAUCCACUUCUUUUCAGCGAGUAUCUUACGGCACCCCCCGACCAGCGUUCUGUCAUGGAUAACCAGUUCAAGAACUUGAAGACUCAUGCGCGUCUCGAAGCACGUGGAGAAUGGUACAGCUGGAGAAGCACACUUCUCCAAGAUCUCAAAGCUGGCCUACUCAGCACGAUGGACGGAUUCAAACGGGACGAGGGCGUACUGACAAAGCAAGAGGAAAUGCUCGAAACCGUGCUUCCCUCAUUGACGGAUAAGCAAGAGCAGCUGGAUAUCGAGCACAAGCGACUCCAACAACGUCAUGAUGAGUUGAACAGCUGCGAUCGUAACGACCUUGAGCAAGCAAGAGAGCAGCUCGUCGCUCUUGACACCGAGUUGGAAGAGAAACGGAAACUUGUAGCGCAACUUCAGGAGGAGUUGGAAGGAAAAGAAGCGCGUAUUGAAGCAGCCAAGGACCGCAAGGUUGAGUGCGUGCAAGAGAUUAAAGCCGCCGAGCGCAUGCGUGAAGAGUACCGUGGAUGGUCGACAACAGAGGUCAAUGGGCUGAAAACUAAAGUCACUACGAUCGAGCAAACACACGGGUGGUCUAUCACAUCGGCUUCUUCAACCAUGAUAACCAUGGCGUACCUAAGCGACCUAGAACUGUAUUUCCAGCCGUCUGCGUUCGCGACCGGUACAGAUACGCCCAACGCAUCCAUUUCGCUAUCAUACAUUGGUGAUAGUGCCACACCGCACCCGCGACCUUUAACAACCAGCAAACGCUUUUUUCUCCAAAUGAUUCGCGCUCAUCUUCACUGUAUUCCUCAAUCUCAAACGCGCAUUCCACAACUCCUUGAACUUGUCACGCAAGGGUGGGCAUCUGCACUGGCUGUGGCUGAAGGAGUGCGCUGGCUUGAGCACAACCAUAUCACCGAGGAGUCCAUCCUAUCCGACGAACGUAUCGCUAUAUCAUCCAUCAUGCUCAUACCUUCCCUACAAACCAAAGUCAAGGUCACGUUUGAGGUUGGUGUCAGUUUGAGUAUGGGCGGUGUCGAGACCGAAGUCAAUGCAGGGGCUGAGCUUGUUUAUGGAGAGAAAUAUAGUGAAGACAAAAUGGGUGCUUUCAUACGCGAUUACUGCGGUAAUGAAGUCAAAGACGAGAAAGAUAUGGCAGCCUGGUCUGAGGCUGUGCAAGAUCUGUGCAACAGGCUGAAAGCUACUGGCAGGAAGGGUGAGAGAACGUAG